AUGAGGAAGAAAACCAUUCCACAAAGGCCUCCUCGUGAAAAAAUCCUCAAACUUCCAUCAAAACUGAAGCCCUCUACUCGGUCAAGAGAUCAAACAUUCACUCACUCACCUUCUCCUCCUACCUCUCCUCCUCGUACUGAUCCCAUGGCACGGACCAAGACCACACCAAGGUAUCCUGCCUCAGCCAAGCCGACGUCACCACCAAAGGCAACGCCUUCCAAACCAAGCUCCUCAAAACCUGGCUCAUCCAAGGGCAAGCGCCCUACUGCUAAAGAACCUAUUCUUGAGUCAACACAACCUAAGCCAAAGUCUAUUCCUGUGCGUUCUCAGUGA